AUGAUCUCCAUCGAUGUGCUCAAUACUCUCCAUUCUGUUAACCUCGGUGUUCUUUCUGAACGUUUCCAUGACACGUUGAUGGUGCUCAAUGUGCUGAACCAAGUGAAGAACGAGCUAGAGCUGGACAAGUAUUUCCUGGUGAAAUUCGGCCACACUCUAGGUGGUAGCUACAUUCCUAAAGAAGGCAUUAUGUUUAACAUAUUUGGAAGCUUCUUUGGUAUCUUGGAAAUCAACUCCAAUAAACCAAAACUGGCAUUCCAUCUAUGGGCAAAUAGCGAUUCUGAAUUUCAUCCUAUCGAACCCGAUACUGCUGCUCAAGACAUCGAGUUGUCAACCAUCAACUUCUCCAUGAAACCACCUGUUACAUUAUCAACAACCAUAAAACCUACAGUGAUUUCCCCUGAACAAAUUUCAGAUCCUAUCUCUUACAUCAAGUCGAGAUACUAUAGUAUUCUUUACUCCACAUCCAUACCGUUGAGUUAUUUCCCAAAAACUGCUAUUUCUCGGUUGAAGGUGUUAUCUCAGAACAAAAUUAACCUCAAAGAUCAUAUUUGUCAGAUACGCUUAACAGUUGACCAAUUAAAUGCCAGACACGAUGGGAAAUUUGGAGUGUUGAAGUCCUUGGAUAACUCCACUGACUGCUUGGAUAAGCAAUUUGAAAUCAGCCAUCAGGCAGACUUUGUUACCAGUCACAACCUUAUCCAAAGUACUGAACUGUUGAAUAAUGAUAUUUUGCAACUCAAACUCCGGGAGUCUCAGUUGCAAAUUAUAGUAUUGUUAGAAUUGAUACUCGCUAUGGAACUUGUUGAACUGAACUUUUUGUAUGACAAUCACCCUGUCCUAUCUGAAACUCAAAAGAAGGUAACCCGUCGUCGUUUGAUUAGGAGGAAAAAUCAACCCCGAAAAAUUAUCCCAACAUUUCUAGGAAUGGGGGUGGGAGUUUCAAGUGUCGAAACUCAACCAGAUGGACAAAAGCAAGAAUCAGAUGGAUUCAGUAUGCAUUCCUUAUUACAUACAUUGGACCUGUUGAUUGAAAGAUUAAGGCUUCUUGAUACCUUAUACACCCAAAAAAAUAAUACCUUGAUCAAUUUUGUGGCAUAUGUGUUGGUUCCCUACUAUAAGAAUAAUCUUCCGUUGACGAUCAAGUAUAUUAUUGACCGUAUAAAGGAUCUGAAUUUCAAGCUCAGCUCCAAAUUGAAGUCAUCUCGGGCAAAACAAUCAUCCAAAAGUGUUACCGAGAAGAAACUGAAAACAAUAGAAAGGCCUAAGCUAGUACGAUCUGCUGAUUUAAAUCUCGAUGACAAAAUCCUAGAUCCCAAGUUGAUGUUGAGGAGAUCAAGUUCUAAUUUAUCGUCCAAGAACUUACAAAGAAGACAGGUGGAUUUCUCUAAACCAGUACUAAAGCUGAAAUCAAUGACUGAAUUAAAUCCACCUACUUCGGUAUUUACUACUCAAGCUCGAAAGCUUAAGAAGCCGAAACCAAAUACGUCCCUCAAUUUAUCUAAGCUGUUUUCCCAGGUUUCAGCUACACCUAUGAAGCCUCCACCAAAGAAGCUAAUUCAAGAUCUCAGAACCCCUGUGGGUGUCUCCCAACCCUCUUUCAUCAACCUGUCACCAAUCAAAGAAGUACUUCUUUCGCCCAUUAAUGAAAGAUUCAAGAACAUUGAUACGUUGAAAACUCCUGUGGCCGUGAAUUCGUCCCCUGUUAUGGUUUUAUCGUCUGAGAGGAAGAAACGACCCGGGGAACCAAUCGACUUCAUUGACUCACCCUUUUUGGACUCUUUACGAGGAUCCUCAAUAAAUGGGUCAUCACUUCCAUACAAUAACAAUGAAGACCGAUAUGACUAA